AUGCAGAACAUUCGAGCCAAGAUCAAGAGGAAGCUGUCUCUUCACGACAAGAACCCCAACCUCGAUGAACACCAAGAGCCGGAAGAUAUCGAUGAGGAGACUACGGGUCACCUGCACCGAGAGAUUGAGAAGGCCGAAGAGGAAGGUCACCCGCAAGGCAAGCCAGGAAGCUUCUUGAACAAGCUCAUCAUGCAUGGCAACAAGAAGACCGAGGAACAGAUGGCGAGGGAAGCUGCUGCGAAUCAGGGCUCCAAGACAACGUAA